AUGGACCCCAAAUCUACUGUUGUUUAUGACCUGCAUCCCUGCUUUGAAAUACAUAAUGUCUCUUACAUACUCACAAGCACUCCUUCUACAGCAUGUGUUUUAUUGUAUAUUUUCCUUGGCUUGUUGUCUGUUGUUACAGUAUGUGGAAACCUUCUGGUAAUAAUCUCUAUCAUUUACUUCAAACAGCUCCACACUCCUACAAGCUCUCUCAUCCUCUCUCUGGCUGUAGCUGACCUGCUUGUUGGUGUUGUAGUUUUUCCUCUCAGCAUGGCCUUCUCUCUUAGCUCAUGUUUGUAUUAUGAACAUUUAUUUUGCAAAGUGAGAGGCAGCUUUGAUGGAAUACUGAGUGCAGCUUCCUUUUUCAAUUUAUGUUGUAUUUCCAUAGACAGAUAUUAUGCAGUGUGUCAGCCUCUGACAUACAGAACUAAGAUAAAUGGUCGUGUUGUUGUGAUCAUGAUUCUGGUCAGCUGGAGUGCUUCAGCUAGUGUUACAAUUAGCCUCAUGGUACAUGAUUUACACCAAGAAAGAUGUAAAGAAAAUUGUUUCCUUCAUGUUUUACUAAUAAACACAUUCGGAAUAAUUUCCUCAUUUUACGGACCAGUCAUCAUAGUGCUCUCUAUCUACCUUAAGAUUUUCCUUGUGGCACAGAGACAGGCACACAGCAUCAGGAACACAACCUGUCCGAGCUCAAAGUCUGGAACAACCAUUAGUAAGAACGAGAGAAAGGCCACAAAAACUUUGGCUAUCGUACUGGGAGCUUUUCUGAUGUGCUGGACUCCCUACAUGAUCGUUUUUUCUCUUAAGACUUUGAAUCCUGUGACAGUGUCAUUUCCACUGUUUGAAACGCUGAACUGGUUGACACUAUUGAACUCAAUGCUCAAUCCAUUUAUUUAUGCUUUCUUUUACAGCUGGUUCAGAUCAGCUUUUGGAAUGAUCAUUUCUGGGAAAAUAUUUCAAGGUGAUUUUGCUGCUGCAAAACUACUCUGA